UGCGACUCGAAGGCGCACCGGCUCCAUAGAGCAGAAGCUUCGCAUUAUGGCCUCGCUCUGAGCCUCCUGAUGCGACAGUUGUAAAUACCUUACCGGCAAUCCGUCACCAUCGACGCCUUGAUCAUGGACCUCCGGUCCAGAGGCUUUUUUCGGGGCCAUCGGAGUUGUCAAUAGUACCACCUAAGUACUAUAUUAUUAGUUUUAUUGAGCACUGUCACUUUUGCACGCCCGGGGAUUUAAACCGAAGUGACAGUAGUAGCAUCAUCUGCCGGUCAGCUAACAAGCUAGCUCCCUAAGUCAACAGCCAAGAAGGGCAUCACUUUUUUUGGAGUAAAGGACAAGGAAACUACAACACCACUAUUUUCUUUGACAGAAGACUGACCAGAAGCCGAUUCCCCGAGAUACCAUCUUGCAACACAUUCGUUAUUGAUUCCCGGAAAGGUUGGCAACACAUCGCCACCCUAAUGCAGAACCACAAAAGAACGUGAAAUGAACAAACCACCACAGCCUAUAACGGGACCCACCUCAGUCCCAAACCCUGCCCCAUCCCCCGGAUUGACACAGGCUCCCUACGGCCCUGGACAGCCCCCUUCUCUUGUUUUUGCCACCCCUCCUCCACAAAUGAACUCUGCACCACAGCCAAGACAGUUUGCCGCAGGCCCCCGUACUUUACACCAACAGGGUGGAUACAGAGCAUUACAGAGUUACUAUCAAAACCGACCAGCAAUGGCCACCAGUGCUCCUAGGGUACAGACGAGUAGUGGCCCACGACCUGUCGGACCCACUCACGUCUACCCACCAAGCUCCCAGAUGAUGAUGAUUUCCCAGCAGCAGCUGUCUUUUGCUGGCUCCCCUCAGGGCUACUUCAUCCCCCCUGGACAGUACCGGGCCCCAUAUAUGCCUCCUACUCAGCAGUAUCCUGUGGCAAGCGGUACAGCGGGCUUCUAUCCUGGAACUAGCCCUGCUGAAUACCCAGCUUAUGAGCCCUCUCUUGCUGCGAGGGAGAGGCGGGGUGGUGGGGGGAGAGGGGGCGGCCGAGAGAACGGCCGUCUCUCUCUCCAUGGUGCUCCUCUCACCUCCCAGCGCUACCCCGCAGGGGCAUACUAUCCAGCUCAGCCGCAGUACUCGCCAUCUGUCCAGCCUGCACCGGUUAUGAUCAACCCCGCACAGCAGCAGCAACAAGCCCCGCCGCCUCAACAACCGCCAGCACAGCCACAAGGCCCACCAAAGAGGGAACGCAAGCCGAUAAGAAUACGAGACCCUAACCAGGGUGGGCGUGAUAUCACAGAGGAGAUCAUGUCAGGUGGAAGGUCCACCACCACACCGACUCCCCCACAGGCCUCUUCAGCAGAUGAAAGUCCUGCACAGACCAAUGGUGAAAUCAUGCAGCCUGCUACUACAACUACUUGUAGAGAUGAAAGCAUGGAGCCUCCUGUUAGUGCUGACACCCCUCCACCUCUUGCAACAGAAAAUACAGAGCCGGUGGUGGAGGCAAUAGAGGAAACGGACAACCAAAUUUCCCCUGCGCCUGAGAUAUCUUCACAAACUGUAGCCCCUGCAGUUGCUACUGACAUGCCAUCCCUGUUGAUAAAAGAACAGCAGUCUUCCUCUUCCCUCCCUCCUGCAGCAGCAUCUACUACAGCUCCUGCUGAGGCGGUAAAUAAAAUCGAUACUAAAGUUGGUGACACAGUAGAUGCUCCUGUCGUCCCUUCAGCACCAUUAGCAGCACAAGAGGCACCUGCCAGAAUGGAGGAACCACAGGUUGCCCCAUCUCCUGCUGAGAAGGCUUCAGAAAGUGAGGAAAAACAAACCGAGGAGGUUAAAAUCUUGGAAAAAGAAGAGCAGGAGGUCAGCACUAAACAAGAUACUGAAGCGGAGGAAGUUACAGUAACAGCUACCCCUGUUACCGAGGCGAAAGAAGAGACAGCAACAAAGGCAGCAACUGAAGUUUCUCAGCCUUCACCCUCUGCACAGGAACCUGCUGCUCCAACCACCCAGAGUGUGGCACCAAGCUCGGCCUCUGCUCCCCAACUUUCUCCUGAACCUGAACCUGAACCUGAACCUGAACCUGAACCUGAACAUAAAGUUGAACCCACACCAGCUGCAAAGGCAGAGCCUCUUCUCUCCAAUGGCCUUCCUCAGGACACUGAAGAACUGGUGGAGGAUAUGACAUUUCCAGACACUAAAGCCCUUGACAAGCCUGACACUUCUCAAGCUCAGGAAUCCACACCUGUGGCUAAAACAGCACCUGUAGCCCAGGAGGCAGUAGAGGAGGCAGUAGAGGAGGCAGUGGAGGAGGCAGUGGAGGAGGCAGUGGAGGAGGCAGUGGAGGAGGCAGUGGAGGAGAAAGAGAAAGAAGAAGAGGGCAAGGACAAAAGUGAAGAUGCCCUAUCUUUAUCGGCCCCUACAGAGGAAUCUACUACUAUGCAAGCUGCUAUGUCUGUGCCAAAGAAGAGGAAGAACAUGAAGGAGUUAAACAAGAAGGAAGCCAUUGGAGACCUCCUGGAUGCCUUCACAGAGGAGCAGGGUGCCAAACUUGCUUCUGAACCCUCGUCUACACAGCCCGAACCUGAACCCGAACCUGCCCCUGUUGCUCCAGCUGAACCCCCCGCUGAGGUUGUAGAUGAGACCUGGGAGGAGAAAGAGGACAAGCAGAAUGCAGAUCCUGAAAAGUCUGAUCAAAGUGGGCAGAAAUACCAGUACAAAGAAGAACAAUGGAAGCCGAUAGAUCCAGAGGAGAAGAAGCGGUACGACAGGGAGUUUCUCUUGGGCUUCCAGUUUAUCGGUGCCAGUAUGCACAAACCUGAAGGCCUUCCUCUCAUCAGUGAUGUGGUCCUUGACAAGGCGAACAAGAAUCCACUGCGGCCUGCUGACCCGGCUCGACUGAUGAAUGUUGGUCCUGAUUUUACUCCCUCAUAUUUGGGGAAUCUCGGGAGCAGAUCAGUGGGAGGACCACGAGGCCCACCUCCUGGACCACGUCGUUCCCAGCAGGGUCAGAGGAAAGAGCCCAGGAAAAUCAUCAGCAGCAUGUCUCUUGGUGAUGACGUGCAGCUCAACAAGGCUGAGAAGGCCUGGAAGCCCACUGCGAAGAAGUCCACUCGCAGCCGAGCAGAAGAAGUAGAAGUAGAAGACGAUUCUGAACUGGGCAAGACUAAUGAGCUGUUCAAGCGUCUGCGUAGUAUCCUCAACAAGCUGACCCCUCAGAAGUUUCAGGAGCUGAUGAAACAAGUGACAGAUCUUACAAUAGACACAGAGGAGAGGCUGAAGGGUACCAUUGACCUCAUCUUUGAAAAGGCCAUCUCAGAGCCCAACUUCUCGGUGGCUUACGCCAACAUGUGCCGCUGCCUUUUGGGGUUGAAAGUCCCCGCACCAGACAAGCCAGGACAUACUGUGAACUUCCGCAAAUUGCUUCUCAACCGCUGCCAGAAAGAGUUUGAGAAGGAUCAGGAUGAUGACGAAAUCUUUGAGAAAAAGCAAAAAGAGAUGGAGGCUGCCAAGGAGGGAGAGGAGCGGGAGCGUUUGAGGGUGGAGCUUCAGGAUGCUAGAGACCAGGCUCGCCGUCGCUCACUGGGUAACAUAAAGUUCAUAGGAGAGCUCUUCAAGCUCAAGAUGCUGACGGAGGCCAUUAUGCACGAUUGUGUGGUCAAACUACUAAAGAAUCACGAUGAAGAGUCUCUGGAGUGUCUCUGCAGGCUGCUCUCCACAAUUGGCAAAGACCUGGACUUUGAGAAGGCCAAGCCUCGUAUGGAUCAGUAUUUCAACCAAAUGGACAAGAUCAUCAAAGAGAGAAAGACCUCGUCCAGAAUCCGCUUCAUGCUGCAAGAUGUCUUGGACCUCAGAAGGUGUAACUGGGUUCCUCGUAGAGGAGACCAAGGUCCCAAAACUAUUGACCAGAUUCACAAGGAGGCAGAGUUGGAGGAGCACAGGGAGCAGAUCAAAGUCCAGCAGGUGCUCAUGUCAAAGAAAGAGGGAGGAGGAGGAGGUGGAGGAGGUGGAGGACGGAUGGGAGGAGGCAUGGGGGGCAGAGGCUCUCACACGCAGGGCGGCAGGCAGAGCCAGCCUCAAGAUGAGGGAUGGAACACAGUACCCAUCUCCAAGAACAGACCCAUUGACACCACUCGCCUUAGCAAGAUCACAAAGCCUGGUGCUCUGGACUUCAACAAUCAGCUGUUGGCCCCAGGGGGGAAAGGCAUGUGGGGCAGCUGGGGCAAAGGCAGCAGUGGAGGAACUGGAGCUAAACCAGCCAGUGGAGAGCAAGAUUCUGGUCGUCCAGCUACCAGCACCCUCAAUCGCUUCUCAGCGCUGCAACAGGCUGGCUCUGUGUCGUCUUCCUCAGACUCUGAUCGCAGAGUUCCUCAGAGGUCGAGCUCAAGUCGCGAUCGCGGUGGUGACAGAGACAGGGGUGAACGCGACAGAGAUCGGUAUGAACGCUUCGAGGGACAGGAAGGUCGUGAUGACAGGAGCAGCCAGAACCAAAUCACCAAGAGAAGCUUCAGCAGAGAAUCUCAGGACCGCAGUGGGCGGGGCGGAGAGAGCCGAGCCUCAAACGAGCCUGUGCGUCGCGUUGCCAGCAUGACUGACGAUAGGGACAGAGGAAGCAGGGACCGAGGAAGCAGGGACCGAGGAAGCAGGGACCGAGGAAGCAGGGACCGAGGAAGCAGGGAUCGAGGAAGCAAAGACAAGGGCAGCAAAGACAGAGGAAGCCGGGACAGGGCUCCAAGUAAAGAUCUCACCGCUCAGCGUGAGAGCGCCCCAACUCCUCCUCCUGGUCCUCAGAAACCCUCCAUGACUGAGGAGGAAGUGGAGAAGAAGUCCAAAGCCAUCAUUGAAGAAUACAUCCACAUCAACGACUUAAAGGAGGCGUUGCAGUGCGUCGCAGAACUCAACAGUGCCUCGCUGCUCUUUGUGUUUGUGCGGAACAGCGUUGAGUCUACGCUUGAGCGCAGCACCAUCGCUAGAGAGCGCGUGGGCCUGCUGCUUCAACAGCUUGUUAAGGCAGGGUCAUUGCCCCCAUCGCAGUACUACAAAGGGCUUGAAGAGACCCUGGAGGCAGCAGAAGACACGGCCAUAGACAUACCUCACAUCUGGCUCUACCUGGCUGAACUCAUCACCCCCAUGCUCCAUGAGGGAGGCAUCCCUAUGGGACAGCUCUUCAGGGAGAUCUCGAAGCCUCUCGUUCCUCUGGGGAUAGCUGGCGUGCUUCUGGUGCAGAUCCUCAAGUUGCUGUGCAAAGGAGUGACCCCUAAGAAGGUCGGGACCAUGUGGACAGACGGCGGCUUGAGUUGGAGUGAAUUCCUACCUGAGGAUGAGGACGUCAACAAGUUUGUCACUGAACAGCAAGUGGAGUUUACUACAGGAGAAGAGGUGGAGUCAAAGGAAGAAGACAAGAAGAAGGUCCUCAGUGGAGAUGAGCUCAGCCAACAGCUGGACAGACUCCUGCAGGACAAGGCCGACAACCAGCGGAUCAGAGACUGGGUGGAGGCUAACUUGGAUGAAGAACAAAGCACUUCCAACCAGUUUGUACGAGCAUUGAUGACAUCAGUGUGUCAGUCUGCCAUCAUAUGUGACAACCCGUACAGGGUGGAUGCGAAGCAGAUAGGCCUGAAGGCCCGUCUGCUGCAGAGGUAUCUGUGUGAUGAGCAGAAAGAGCUACAGGCCCUGUAUGCUCUCCAGGCUCUGAUGGUGCACAUGGAGCAGCCAGCGAACCUGCUGCGCAUGUUCUUUGACGCCUUGUACGACGAGGACGUCAUUAAAGAGGAGGCCUUCUACAAAUGGGAGUCCAGCAAAGACCCUGCUGAGCAAACAGGCAAAGGUGUGGCCUUGAAAUCAGUCACGGCCUUUUUCACCUGGCUCCGCGAGGCCGAGGAGGAGUCCGACAAGGAAUAAAUAAGAAAGACUGAACUAAAAGCUGCGGCCCCCCUGUGGCAAAGUGGGGGCAUUGCAGUUGACUGCGGAGGUUCAUGGACUAUAUUGCCAGAGGCAGACUCGAAUCAAUCCUCAAUGAGGAUAAAUCUUUAUUAUGUUUUCUUUUCUUAGAGGGAUGGACUCAGAAAACAAUCAUUUCUCUCUACUCUCCCUCUCUUGCUUCCUCAUUAUUUCUGCACCUGCUUCCGAUGGCAAGUGUCCUCAUGAAAUAAACUUGAAAACUGAUUGAGCAGGAUUGCUUGCUAAAGAGGUGUGAAAUAUGCCACUUCACUACAAAAACCUUUUUAUUUUUUCGGUCACAAUAACACAAAACCAACUGGCUGCUUUUUUAUGGUUCUAGAUAGUUAAAAUGCCUACCAUCUUAUCUGAUGUGUGAGAACAGACCGCAGGGUGUGUGGUGUAAUGGGUUCCCUGAUACGUGGGUAUCAUCGUGUGUGUGUUCAACCCAAACUCAGCUCUUAUGUCUUUGUCCCUUACUGGAGUGCGCAGCAUGACUGAAGUGUGUUUCUAUUAAUGAUAACAGUGGACAAAACGUUGAUAGACAAAUGUUCAUGAACUAAUAUUAAUUUGGAUGAUGUUUUUAAAGCAUAGUUGGUCUAUUUUCUCUUCCUGUUUCCCUAUCAUGAACUCAGAGGCAGAAACACGGAGGACUGAUGUGGACCGUUGAUCUUGACCGCUAGUUGGUGGUCGUAAUGCUUCCUCUAAGCCAUCCUCUCCCAUCCCCAGUAGUGAACCACACUGACUUACUCUUCAUCUUCUUACCUCUUCUAUACUUAAACCUGAGCUGUCGUAGAGGACACUUAAUGACCCAAUCACCAUUGAAACUUGAAAUCUACAGAAAAUUGACUUGAUGAAAUAUAUAAAGUUAGAAAAAGAAAAAAAAAGAAAAAAAAACAGAAAUGAUCCGAAAGCCUUUUCUACUGUAAGUGGAAACUUAUUUCAGGAGAGUUCUGUAAAUAUAUAAUAAUAAUAACACAAAACUUUUUUUCUUCAGUUUAUUUUUCAGAAAUGAUAAAUUGCUGAUGUACUUGCAGUUUCCUUUUUCCAACAGAAGCCGCAGUUGUCCAGAUGCAGAGAGGUGCUUUAGAUAAUCCAUUGAUUAUUAUUAUUAGUUGUAUUGGAAUUUUUGUAAAUAUUUUUUGCUUUCUUUAUUUAAGAAAUUAUCGCUUCUUUUGCAUCGGAAACUGGAAAGAUGAGGUAACGGAGCAUUGCAAAUAAAGGACUUACUAAGUUGCUGAGAAGAAUG